CAGAAUUGAUUAAUCUCACAUUAAUGUACUGCAUCGUCGCUUUCUCCUCUUGCUAAAAUUUCGAACUUAAUUUUAUAAUUUAGACCAUAAAUAUUUCAAAUGAAUUCAGAAAAGGAUGAAAAAGAAAAACAUGAAUGCCCUGAAUGUGGAAGAAGUUUUAAGAAAAACUUCAUGUUGAAAAGACAUAUAAGAAGACAUACUGAUGAAAGACCGUAUGUUUGCGAAAUUUGCGGAGGACGAUUUUCCUUCUCUUCCACCUUAAAAAGACACAAUAAAGUAGUACAUUCAAAAGAACGAGGUUAUAAACGCAACUAUCAAAAUUGCACAUUUAAUACUAAAUAUAAAAAUAAUUUUUUUAAUCAGCUCCAUGGAGAACAUGUACAAGCAGUGUCUUCUCGAAUUCCAUCAAUAGAAACGAAAGGAAUAAUCUAUGAAUGUGAUAUUUUCAAGAAAAUAAUCUUGCAUAAAUGGAUUUUAAAUUGUCACAAGAAAUGGAAACAUCCACAAGCAACUGAAUCUUACUCUAAAAAAAGCACAGAACAUGGCCAGGAAGUGCAAGCAGAUUAUUUUCAAACACCAUCAACAAGUGCUCAAGCAAGAGGGUCAAAUGAAUCUGAACAAAUGGCUUUAAAAGAAAUAAUUUUUACACCAGGAGAAGCUAAAGAAUUUCUUAAAUAUUUUAACGUCUAUUUAGAAAUUAAGAAGUUGGAAACAUCACAACUUGAAUUCUACUCAAAGAUAGUAGAGACAGUGGAAACAAUAGAAAUUAAAUUCGAAUGUCAGCUUUGUGGACAACAAUUUCCUUUCGAGAUUUAAAAAGCACGAGAGACAAUUCCAUCAAUCUAAUUAAUUCUGAACAUUCAGCUUUGAACAUAUAUGAAUUUAUGAAGAUACUGAAGAUUAUGAACGUUUUUAUUACUGAUAAAUAAUCACAUCUCUGCGUAUAACAUUUAUAUUACGAAACAAAAUUUAAAAGUUGUUUUUUACAUUUAUCCUGUCAUAAAAAAUUAUAAAGAACCAAAUAGCUUCAAAGCAUUUUAUAUACAUAAAUUGUGAAAAUCCACUAUCUAUACUGAGUAAAUGUUCGUGUAAACAUUUGAAUGUUCGACACAAUUUGAUCUUUAACUUACUUAAAUAGUAAUUAUAAAGGAAAUGUUAUAUUAUUCUAUGUAUAAAAUUAUAUAGUCUUAAUGUCUAGACACCAUGGCUAGUUAACAAAAUGUCUAAAAACCAAUUCGCUCUUAGAUCUCUUGUAUCAAAUAUGCAGUUAAGAAACGGAAUUGGUAGUAGUCUUAAUGUUUAAAUCGAAUACUAUAACAUUGCGCGUAUCUCGUUAGCAUUGAUGCAAUGCCGGAAAGAAAGAAGCGAUCCCUCACUUGUUAGGUAUAGUAGAAGCGAUUCUUGUACCUUUCAGCCAUGAGAGAGACGAUCCUUGAACUGAUUUGGUGCGAAGAGACGAUUUAAGAACAAAGCAAUCGAUGGCGUUUCUUGUGUUUGUUCGUUUAUUGUUUGGUUUGUUCGUUUUUUUGCCUAUUUUCCGUUAGGUGCGAUCAUUCACAUCGGAAAGCAUGGACAUUGUCACUUUGAUAACUUAACCUUUGUUUAUAGAAAACGAAUUCAUGAAUUCCUAUUUUUACUUUCUAUUUUCCUUGUAUAUGUACCAGAAGAAAAAUAUGGCGGCGGUUAAAAAAUUAUUUUCCUGAAGAUUUUUACAUUUGUCAGAGUAAUCUUGAAACGUCAAGAAAUACAAUAACGUUCAGCGGUUUCUUACGUAUGUAUGGAUGUUAAUGUGACUUUGAAAUUCGUAGAUAUAUUGAUAGUAAAAUUCCUAAAGUAAUUAACAGAAUCCUUGUAAUUUUUAUUGUUGUCGCGAUUUUGUUUACACUGUUUGAAGGUUAAUAACUCCUUUGAUUUUUGUCAAAAAUUUCUAAAAUUUUGCAGAAAAAUUUUGUGUAAUAGACAGCUUCAUUCUCUUAAAAUUUGGUACUUUAACGUCUCCGAGAUGGAAAAGUAAAGGGUAGCGUGUGAUAUCUCGAGCAGGGUCGGACAAUGACGAUUUUUAUAAAGACUCGCCCUUACCCCGAAAUUUCGUCUCCCAAAUUGUAAAAGCAUUUGAGUCAAUAAAUUUUAAAUUACCAAUUGCCACUGAAUUUCUUUUUGUAACGAAAUACGGUAUUUUAUUCCAAACUUUGUUCUUGAAUUAUUUUUGAAAAUUAUCUGAUAUUUUGUUUUUA